AUGUGUGAAAAACUUCGUCUUGUUUUCCCACAAUGGCAAGGUGGCGAAACCAAUAAUAUUGCAAGCUAUGUUACCGAGCUUGAACCAAAGGUUGCUGCUCAAGGUUACGUUAUUGGUUCAGAAUUACUUCAAUGGCUUGCUCCAGUAUCAUCUGUUCCAAUGGAAAAGGUUCCAGUAUCUCUUGAUGACUCACCUGAAGCUGUUGCUACAGAAAAUGGAAUCUUUGCCUAUAAGAUAUUUUCGAUAUUAAAAAGCCAAAGAAAAUUGUCACACUUGGUGGUGAUUGCGCUGUAA